AUGAAAGCUUUUAUUUUGACGGACUCUUUUCUCGACUGCUCUGGUCUGGUUGGUCGACUAUCGAGGAGGAUUCUGUUAGCUGAGCAGCGUGUAAACUUUAAAAAGCUAGUGUCGCAUUUAUCACUGCAGGAGAAUCAGGCCCUGGAGUUAUCAUGGGAAAGUGGUGCAUCCGUUUUUCUCAGCUGGAGAUAUAAUAGAAAUUCAUCCAAUGAUUCUCAAAAAGUUGAGUUGUGUCACCAGCUGGGAGAGCGUCUGGGCCUUCAAGAUGGAGAGCAAGGUUUCAUAAAGCCAUGUCGUCAGGUCUCCUCUGUGCAUCAAGUGUUUGUGGAGCCAUUUUCCUUUGAUGACUGGGAGAUCUUGGAGCUUCACAGUGCUGCACUUGAGACCCAGCUGCUUGAUCAGAUUAGAGUUGUCUUUCUGGAUGCGGUCUUCCCUGUGUGGGUGGACACUCACACAGCCAUCUACAUACAAAUAGCAUCAUUAUUGCCCUCUGUGCCAUUUGGUCGACUGGAGCAGUUUACAGAACUCAUUGUGACACCGAAAAGCCGCCCAGAUAUUAACAUUAGCAGAUCUCCACUAAAAGUGAGCAAGAACAGACCUAACCAAGGGCUCCAGAAGUCUGAUGUCUCCUCAUCUGCGAUACAACCGUCCCAUGAGUGGGAUCUGAAAAGUUUCAUGCGACACUGGCUCCUGGGGUCAGUGCAGGAGCUCCCCCCAGUCCCUGAACUGCCUCUGGUCAUCUCAGACUCUGUCUUCAGAGUGUGCAGUUUGCCUCCAGAUGCUCUGUGCACUAUAAGUCACCUGGUGGCUGAAGUGGUGCAUGUGUUUCCUCUUCACCCUAGACUGAAUCUAAGCCACACAGGAGGCCAGUCACAAAUCACAUAUGCAGUGCUCUCUAAAGUUUCUCUUAUAAAACACACCAAGGAUAAAGCUAAAACUGCUUUGGACAAUAAGAAAAGUGUCUCUAAAAUGGCAGACUCAGAUGGAGAGACCAAGGAUGAGGCCAUUGUGGUCAGGGUUGUGUGCCGAGAGUCACUGCCUCGUCCUUUUAAAGGAUCCAUUCACAGCGGGAAAGUUUGGAUUUCAGAGCAGCUAGCCGCUAGAAUGAAUGUCAUCCCACAUUCAUCAGUGAGGCUAAAGCCUGUAAAAUCUCCUGUUAAAGUAGCCACUGUCAUCCAGUUACAACCAAUCCUACCAAUGUCAGAAGAUGAUGAUGAGAUACGGACGGUGUUCCUGGGAUGGCUCCACACCCAGAGCCAUGAGCCUUUAGCCUGUUUAACUGCACGCUGCAGCACCAUCCUGCUCCACAGCUCUGAAGCCAAGCUUCAGUUAGCUCUGACUGUAUUAAAACCUGAAUCUGCUAAUGAUCCUCUUGAUCAGCUAUUUCUUCUGACAUCCACACUUCUAAAACAGGAUGACAUACAGAUCGUAAGAGAAAGCUUUACCAAGGCAGCAGAGAAAACUCCAGACAAAAAGUCCAACAUAGAGGAGCUCCCUUCUCUCAACAGUCUUGGAGGUAUCGAUGAAGUCAGCAGAAGUGCCCAUGAGUUUAUAUCCCACAGUCUUCUGUCAGGUCCUCUGUCAGUAGAACUGGGCUCCUCCACACAGGGGCUCCAAGGGGGAGCUCUACUCAUCACAGGAGCCAAGGGAUGCGGUAAAAGCAGUUUUGCUCGUGCACUAUGCAGAAAAGUUGGUGAAAAUCUUGACGCCCAUGUUGAAAUUUUGGAUUGCAAAAAAUUACAAGGGAAAAGAGCUGACACUGUAAGGCAGAUUCUGCAGGAUGCGUUCGAGCAGGCGGAGUGGAAGCAGCCGUCUGUGGUUCUUCUUGAUGACUUGGAUCAAAUCGCAGGAACGUCUCCGGCCGAGCAUGAGCACGGCCCUGAGGCGCAGCUGCAGCAGCACAUCGCACAGAGUCUUAAAGAUGUAGUGGAUUACGUGGUGGAACGUUCAAGUCUUGUUUGUCUAUUAAUAACCUCAAGAGCUGAAGACUCUCUUCACCCGUCACUCACGGAGCUUCAAGGAUCUCACUUCUUUCAAAGAAGUGCUCACAUUGAGCCUCCUGAUAAGGAUCAAAGAGCAGAUAUGUUGCGUUGUCUCAUCUUAAAGAAAAGGUUCCUGCCUGAGGAAACCUUACACACGCUUGAUGUUGGUGCGGUUGCCAGAUUGACAGAAGGAUAUACUCCUCAAGAUCUAGCACUGCUGCUGGAGCGUGCCAUUCAUGCUUGUGUUAUAAAGAAGCACACUGACCCUGAUGGCCUGUUGUCGGUAGAUGACUUUUCUCUGGCUUUGAGAGGAUUCACGCCUCCUUCGCUCUGGGGCAUAGAACUGCACUCCCCCAGCAGAGUUGGACUGGAGCAAGUUGGAGGACUGAAGGAAGUGCGGCAGCAGUUGAUGGAUACCAUCAUGCUCCCGGCUAAGUACCCUGUCCUCUUCUCCAAACUCCCCAUUCGCCAUCGCUCAGGAGUUCUUUUGUACGGAGCUCCCGGGACAGGGAAGACUCUGCUGGUCAGGGCUGUAGCCAAGGACAGUGGAAUGAACUUCAUCAGCAUCAAGGGCCCGGAGCUCCUGAGCAAAUACAUUGGAGCAAGUGAACAAGGCGUGCGAGAUGUCUUUCAAAAAGCUCAAGCUGCAAAGCCUUGUAUCCUGUUCUUUGACGAAUUUGACUCUUUGGCCCCAAGAAGAGGCCAUGACAGCACCGGUGUGACUGACCGCGUGGUGAAUCAACUGCUCACUCAGCUGGAUGGCGUGGAGGGCCUCCAAGGCGUUUAUGUGCUCGCUGCCACCAGCCGUCCAGACUUGAUUGACCCCGCCUUGUUGAGACCGGGACGCCUGGACAAAUGCCUCUAUUGUCCUCCACCCAAUCAGGAGGAGCGUGUGGAGAUCCUGAAGGCCCUGAGCGGCGGCCUCUGUCUGGAUGUGGACGUGGAGCUGGAGCGUUUAGCUGCAGACACAGAGCUCUUCACUGGAGCCGACCUCAGAGCUCUGAUCUACAACGCUCAACUGGAGGCUGUUCACUGCAGCAGCAUGAGCCGCCCUCCUCAGCACAUUGCGCCUGGUUCAGAGAGUGAGCUGAGUCUUUCCUCAAUGAUCUUCCCGACCCACAGCAGUGGAUCUGAGGACUCCGUUGGGGAAGGAGACAUGGGCCCAGCUCUGGAGCAGUCCAUGGUUUUACUGGAAACUUGUGACCUACAAUCGUACAAGGAAAACGGAGGAAACGUGUGGAGAAUCUACUUUGGCAGUUCCUUUGAGUCGGAGCCUGGCUGCUCCUCUGAACUCCUGCUCAGUAGCUCUGGACGUUUGUCUGGAGCAGUGAGUGAAGCCCAGGACCUGACGGCGUCAUGUGUGCAGGACAGCGGUGAGCUCCCUCUGCUCUACAUGCCGUCCCUGCAGAGCGGCUGUGAGGAGCUGAGCCCAGAGCAACGAGAGCAGCUCACUCGAGACGUGCACAUCAUCAGAAAGAAUUAUAGAAAGGAGAGUCUUCAGCCUCAUCCUGUGUCAAGUCCUCCCGUCCUGCUUCUGUCUCAGGCUCAUAUCAAAUGUGCUCUGGCCUCAACCAAACCAUCUCUGAGCCGAGCGGACUGGAGCAGAUACGCCCAACUGUAUGAAUCGUUUGAUGGAUCAGGAGAUGGGAAGCCACUGCAGAAAUUUACACCAGGGCAACGUGUAACUUUAGCUUGA